AUGGACACGAGCUCGACCUCUCCUCUUCUUCCUGAGGCUCAUGGAUAUAGCUCGCUGAGCUCAUCAGCGGCGCAAGCUGUCCUUCUCGCCGAGAUGUUCACGCUCAAAUGUGAAACCGGGAUCUUGGUUGUCGGCCUCCAAGAUGGGGAAGCACUCUGGACCCCUGUUCGCAUCUUGUGCACACUGGUGACGGUGUCAGUCGCCUCUGCAUGGAUAAGCCGUCGCAAGUCCAUCAAGAAACUCCUUAUCUUCUUCAGUCACUGGCUCAGGACGGGGGGGCUGGACCCCCUCCUGCGGUUCCUGCCUGAGGCUGCGAGGCUACCCACUAGACCACCGGGGCGACCGGAUACAUAG